GGGGGACCCAAUCCAUUUGCGAUGUCCACCUAGACUUGAGUAGCAUCCAGUACUGCUCUUGAACACAAGUUUCCGAUAGCAUCGCUCAGGAUGCCUCAAGGUGCCAAGGCCGCCUGCACUCGAUUUCGGAAGUCAGGCUUUUGUCCGUACGGCUCGAGCUGCAAAUUUUCGCAUGAUGCAAAUCACAGCAAUCAUGUUCACCAGCGAAGAGGUAAAAGCACGCCCCAGCUUAGGGGACAAAAGGCCCAACAGGACUUGGAGGCGAUAUCUAAGUUCUUUUCGCACUAUCCGAAGUUCGCGUAUGAGGAAGAACGAGGCGUGGCGGAGGAAUUUUACCGCAUGUGCGAUUUUUUCCACUGGGAUCGAGAUCACAAAGACCGUGACAAAGCACGAUCAGCAUUCAAAGAUGCCAUGGUCAUUCGAUUCAACAGCCUCUAUGGGAUCGAUGUAGCUGAUCUUGAGAACUGGCAUAAACUUUGUAUAGCUGUCUGCAUUGAGCCAUUGCCAGCAACUAUUUCAGAAUGCAAAGAGAGGAUUAAAGAAGUACAUGUGAAUCUUGUUGACCUCGUGGAUACCCCAGGGCAGGAUGUAGAGCUAUUUACGUCUUUGAACGAAUUGAGGAACUAUACGCUCGAGACUAAGAAAUUCUUGCCGAAGAAAUCUGCUUAUGCGGGUGGCCUCCUGAAGUUCCUGCUUCGUGAGAUCUUCUAGAUUGGUUUUAGAUUACAGAUAAAUGUAAAAAGAAAUGGUUAACUGGAGAAUACCGUCCUUCAAAAUUUAUAGUCGCGAUCAGCCGAAAAUGUAACCAUCUGCAAAACCAGCCAGCCUCGCACACACUCGUUGCUCUCGAAUUGCGAAAA